AGAACCAUUUGAGCUUAAUUUCGCAGUUUCAUUAGUGGAGAAAAAGCAUUUUAUCGGACGGACAACAAUCGCGAUCGAUGUGUUGAACUUGAUCCCGCUUUGACAGCAAGAAAAGCAGCCACAACAAAAUGCCUGAGUUGACUGAAAUCACCGAAAGUACCGCUGCGUCGCUCGCAGGUGCUUCUGCACUCCCUAGCACCUCCGCCGACAACACAGAGGCAAAGCUAGAGGAUGCCCCCAGCGAUACCGAGUCCGAAGACACCAUCCCAGAGCUGGAAGAUGCAGGAACUGCUUCCGCGCAACUGUCCUCUGGUGGCAUGCCCGAUCUGGUUUCCAAGGCUAAACAGUCUCGUGGUGAGAAGAAAGCUCGCAAAAUCAUGUCCAAGCUGGGCUUGAAGCCAGUGCAAGGCGUCAACCGGGUAACGAUUCGCAAAUCAAAGAACAUCCUCUUCGUGAUAAACAACCCGGACGUGUACAAGAACCCGCACAGCGAUACCUACAUCAUUUUCGGCGAAGCAAAAAUUGAAGAUCUCUCCCAACAAGCACAGGUGGCCGCUGCCGAGAAGUUCAAGGCACCGGAAGCGACACCGGUGGCAGGAGAUGCUGCUGGCGCUACCACCUCCGUUGCACCGAUUGCCGAAGAGGAUGAGGAAGAGGUAGACGAUACCGGUCUGGACGACAAGGAUAUUGAGCUGGUCAUGCAGAACGCCAAUGUACCCCGCGCCAGAGCAACGCGAGCGCUUAAAGAUAACAACAAGGAUGUCGUCAAUGCAAUUAUGGAGCUGACAAUGUAAGGCUCCGCAGCGGCUCUGGUAGUCGAUGUUGUCGUGCUUUGAUCAGUGAUCCUUGUUCCCCUCCCCUUUUACUUUCACUCAAAUAUUCUAGUUACAAUAUACCAACACACAGUUAGACGCGAGAUAAGUUUUGUGAGUAAUGCGUAGUGCUGCACGGAAGUUAUGUCGAGUCGUCUCAGUUGCAAACGGCAAGUUUGCAACAUUCUUCGGGAUAUUUAAUAAUCGAAAAAAUAAGCUUUAGCUUGAAUAUUUGUCGCUAUUCUUACUCGAACAAAACACAGCACCCCUGCUAAGUCUCUUUCAUUGAUAUCAGUAGGAAGGAAAACUACCUUAAAAAACAAUAAAAAGCGAAAAUUGGA